CAAUACAAGAAAGAAAGAAAGAAAGAGGGCUCUGGCUGAGACACAACACAGAAUCAACUAAUCAGAAGCUUUUUGACUGUUUGUGUGUCUUGUUCUCAGCUGAAGUGAUUGUUAGCUGAUUUUCAAGAAAGGAGUUUUUGGAUUUUGAUGGGUGGAUUUGAUGAUCAUGGUGGGAUAAUUGGAGAUUGGAUGCCACCUAGUCCUAGCCCACGAUCUUUGUUUGCGGCUGUGUUGGGUGAUGAUGCGGGCUCCCGGUCAGUAACCGAGCCUCUAAAGUAUGAUAACAAUAAUGAUGGCAGUUUUACUUUUCCUGGACCUGAUAGACAAGUUAGUUCAGAAAAUGGUGAUGGGAAUCAAAGAGGACAGUCAGUUGAUCGAAUUUUGAAAAGUGAUGAAUAUGGUGAGCAGAAAACGGGAUCGAGGGGUGGUCUUGUUGAAAGGAUGGCAGCCCGAGCUGGUCAUAAUGCUCCUAGGUUGAAUACUGAUAUUAUGAAACCUGUGGAUAGUUUGCAAAACCAACAAAUUCAGUCAGGAAACUUGCUUUCGCCUGGUUUCAGCCCGGGUUCAUUUCUGGAUUCUCCUGUUUUUCUCUCAAAUUCAUUGGUUCAACCAUCUCCAACAACUGGGAAAUUCCAAUUUGCUUCAAAUGGGAACAGUAAUGGUAGUGGUAGAAGCUCCAUGAUGUUCUCGGAUUCUUCCAAUAGGAGUAAAGAAAAUAUCUUUGAGGAACCUAGUAGUGCAUCAUUUGCUUUUAAACCUUUUCCAGAUCCAGCUCCCUUAAAUCGUGAUCCUGUAAAUCCAGCCUUUAUGUCUGCACAAUCUUUUCAAAAUAAUGAAGCUUUAGGUGAACCUGCGCAACAAUUCCCUCCUCAAAAGAUUGAACCUGCUCAAAGUUACCCGGAUUUCUCCAUAGCAACUGGUGAAAAUAGAAACUUGCCGUUGUUUAAUGGCAAUGUGGAGCGCUCUCAACAGCAUGCUGAAGAGCGUCACGAUGAUGAUACAGAUCAGAGAUUAAGUGGAGAUAUUGCUAAUGGUGCCUCAUCUGAUGAUGGAUAUAAUUGGAGGAAAUAUGGACAGAAACAAGUGAAGGGCAGUGAAUAUCCUAGAAGCUAUUACAAAUGUACUCACCCAAACUGUCCUGUGAAGAAGAAAGUUGAGCGUUCUCAUGAGGGUCAUAUUACUGAGAUAAUCUACAAGGGGGAACACAGUCACCCGAAACUUGCUCCUAAUAGGAGAUCGGGAAUUGGGUCCUCAAGUGCUUUGAGUGAUAUGCAAAACGACACAAAUGAACAAGGUGGGAAUGGUGCUGAUGGAGGUUCUAUGUGGGGGACAAAUAUGCAACACAAGGGUGGUAACCCUUGGGGACAGGAAAGUAAUUAUGAGGUGACAUCGUCGGGGAUUACUAUGCAGGGUCAGAGCGGUGGUCAUUUUGAAUCCAGUGACGCUGUGGAUGGCUCAACUACUUUCUCAAAUGAUGAAGAAGAAGAUGACCGUGCAACACAUGGUAGUGUGUCACUUGGGUAUGAUGGUGAAGGAGACGAAUCUGAGUCAAAAAAGAGGAAAGUUGAAGCUUAUGCAUCAGAUGUAAGUGGGGCUACUCGAGCUAUCAGGGAACCUAGAGUUGUCGUGCAAACAACCAGUGAGGUGGACAUUCUUGACGAUGGGUAUCGCUGGCGCAAGUACGGACAGAAGGUCGUGAAAGGAAAUCCAAACCCCAGGAGUUAUUACAAGUGCACGAGUACAGGUUGCACAGUGAGGAAACAUGUCGAAAGGGCUUCACAUGACUUAAAAUCAGUGAUCACGACAUACGAAGGGAAGCACAACCAUGAUGUCCCAGCAGCUCGAAACAGCAGUCAUGCCAACAAUAACACCUUGGCUGCACAACAAGCUCUAUCAUUGCAGUCACAGGUUCACAUGGGUGAGGCCUCUCGUAUGCAAAACAACAUGGGUAGGUACGAAAGGUCUCCUUAUGGUUUGCACGGUGGUCAGCAGAUGGGUCCCACUCCAACGCAUGGUUAUGGUUAUCCAAUGAGUCAACAAGGACCAGGAGGGCUAGCUCAUAUGGCUAUGACGAACCAAGGGAAAAUGCCGGCUUUUCCUGCUCAUCAUUAUUUAAACCAAGCACGGCAAAUGAACGAAAUGGGGUUGAUGGUGCCAAAGGGUGAACCGAAGGUGGAACCUAUGUCGGAUCCAGGUCUGAACCUUGCCAAUGGUGCACCUAUUUACCAUCAGAUGAUGAACAGAUUACCUCUCGGGCCUCAGAUGUAAAAAUUGAUCAAGAUAUGCAUUCUCUCUUUUAAGGCUUUUUUGGGAAAGAGUAGAAAUAUUUAAACUUUAUAUUACAUUAUCUUUUUUUCUUUUUGUUGUUACAAUAGGGGGUUUCUUGUUUUUAAGCACUUAUUUCAAGACUCUGAAACUACAUUGGGAGAAGGUUUUUAUUAUUUAUACAUCAAUUUUAUUAUAUAUAUAUAUAUUAAAAUGGCAGUUUCAGCA